CGGAGUCGAUAUGCUGUGAAUGGCUCUGGUGACACCACGGAAGAUCAAGAUGGGGACUCCAGGUUCUCGGAUGUCAUCCUGGCAACAAUUUUGGCUACCAAGUCAGAUAUGUGUGGCAAAAAGUUUGAACUGAAGAUUGAUAACGUUCGCUUCGUUGGCCAUCCCACAUUGCUGCAGCAUGCCCUGGGGCAGGUGUCCAAGACUGAUCCCUCCCCCAAGAGAGAGAUGCCCACUAUGAUUCUCUUCAAUGUGGUGUUUGCACUGAGGGCCAAUGCUGACCCAUCUGUGAUCAACUGCCUGCACAACCUGUCCCGAAGGAUCGCCAUCGUCCUGCACUGCCAGCACCUCACCAGGGAGGCCAAGCUCAUCUUGGCUAUUCAGGAUGAAGUGUCUGCCAUGUCAGAGACCACAGAAGGGCCACAGUCACCUUUUCAUCACAUCCUACCCAAAUGCAAACUGGCCAGAGAUCUCAAAGAGACAUAUGACAGCCUUUGCACCACAGGGGUGGUUCGUUUACACAUCAACAACUGGCUGGAAGUGAGUUUCUGUCUGCCUCAUAAAAUCCAUUACGUUGCCACCAACUUCAUACCCCCAGAAGCAAUUGAGAGAAGUCUGAAAUCUAUUAGGCCUUACCAUGCCUUAUUACUUUUAAAUGAUGAGAAGUCAUUGCUUAAUGAGCUCCCGUUGGACUGCUCUCCUGCCCUGGUGAGAGUAAUUAAAACUACCUCUGCUGUGAAGAAUUUGCAGCAACUGGCUCAAGAUGCUGACUUGGCACUGCUGCAGGUUUUCCAGCUUGCUGCACAUCUUGUCUACUGGGGAAAAGCAAUUAUUAUUUAUCCCCUUUGUGAAAACAAUGUCUACAUGCUUUCUCCAAACGCCAGUGUCUGUCUUUACUCUCCCUUAGCAGAUGCCUUCUCCUGCCAGUUCCGGGGCCACAACCUGCCGUCGAUGCUGUCCAAGUUCUCCCUCCCAGUGUCACUCUCAGAGUUCAAGAAUCCACUCGCUCCACCUGUUCAGGAGACUCAGCUCAUUCAGAUGGUGAUAUGGAUGCUCCAACACAGGCUCCUCAUCCAGCUGCACACUUACGUGUGCCUGAUGGUGCCACCGAACGAGGAGGAGUUCCGGGCCCAGGAUGAAGACAUGCCCUUUACUGCCAGAGUUGGAGGCCGAAGUUUAAGCACCCCCAAUGCUCUCAGCUUUGGUUCUCCAACUAGUAGUGAUGACAUGACUCUGACAAGCCCUAGCAUGGAUAAUUCCAGUGCUGAGUUGAUACCUGGUGGGGAUUCACCCCUAAAUAAAAGGAUGACAGAGAAUCUCCUGGCCAGCCUGUUGGAACACGAGCGGGAGGCGAUCCUCAAUGUCCCUGCUGCCCAGAAUCCAGAAGAUCUUCGCAUGUUUGCCAGGCUGCUGCACUACUUCCGCGGGCGACACCAUUUGGAGGAGAUCAUGUACAACGAGAACAUGCGCCGCUCACAGCUGCUGAUGCUGUUCGACAAGUUCCGCAGUGUCCUGGUGGUGACCAGCCACGAGGACCCCGUGAUUUCAGUGUUCCAGUCUCUCUUAAAGUGACUCUACUGGCACAGGAAGGGAACCUGCCAC